CUGAACGGCAGCGCGGCGGGGCAGCAGCAUCCCCCGGAGCCCGCGGGCAACGGGUCCAACGCCUCGGCGCCGUUCGCGCAGGGCCCGGACGAGGAGGACCUGGACGUGAACACCGACAUGUACUCCAAGGUGAUGGUGACCGUCAUCUACCUGCUGCUCUUCCUCGUGGGCACCGUGGGCAACUCCAUCACCGCCUACACGCUGGCGCGCAAGAAGUCGCUGCAGAACCUGCAGAGCACGGUGCACUACCACCUGGCCAGCCUGGCCCUGUCCGACCUGCUCAUCUUCCUGCUCUGCCUGCCCAUCGAGCUGUACAACUUCAUCUGGGUGCACCACCCCUGGGCCUUCGGCGCCGCCGUCUGCAAGGGCUACUACUUCUUGCGGGACGCCUGCACCUACGCCACGGCCCUCAACAUCGCCAGCCUCAGCGUGGAGCGCUACAUGGCCAUCUGCCACCCCUUCAAGGCCAAGAGCAUCAUGUCCCGUAGCCGCACCAAGAAGUUCAUCAGCUGCAUCUGGCUGGCCUCCUUCCUCCUGGCCAUCCCCAUGAUCUUCACCAUGGGAGAGAUCUACGGCCGCGGCCAGGACCCGGACACGCUCAUCUGCACCACCAUCGUGGCCGCCUCCACGCUCAAGACCGUCAUCCAGGUCAACACUUUCAUCUCCUUUGUGUUCCCGAUGGUUGUCAUUUCGGUGCUGAAUACCAUCAUUGCCAACCAGCUCAUCGUCAUGUUCAAGCAGUCAACACAGGAAAACCAGGUCUGCACUAUUGGAGGCCAGCAGACGAUGCUCAGCAUGUCCAUGGAACCCAGCCGGGUGCAGGCCCUAAAGCACGGAGUGCGAGUCCUACGUGCUGUUGUAAUUGCCUUUGUGGUCUGUUGGCUUCCUUAUCAUAUACGGCGCCUCAUGUUUUGCUAUGUUCCUGCAGAUCAUUGGACAGAGUUCCUUUUUAACUUCUACCACUACUUCUACAUGCUAACAAAUGUCCUCUUCUACGUCAGUUCUGCCAUCAACCCCAUCCUCUACAACUUGGUGUCAGCAAACUUCCGCCAGAUCUUCAUCUCCACCCUCACCUUCCUGUGCCUGCCCUGGAGAAAGAAGAAAAAGAGACCCACCUUCACCAGGAAAUCCAAUAGCAUCUCCAGCAACCACACGUUUUCCAGCCAAGUCACUAGGGAAACGACAUAUUGAGACCCAAGUGAAGCCAAAGGAAAGGAGAACGUGUUUCAAAACUUGAGAGAGACCCCUGGGACUUUAAAGCAUGGUCUCCUAAACCACAUAGCACGAAUGUGUUUAGCCGAAUAAUUUUUGUUGGAACAAAUAGGCUUCGCUCUGCCAGUCUCGUUGAGGUUAUUUUAAAGCAUCGGCCUUGGCUCUUGUGAGUAAUGUCUAUACAUUUUGUAACUUCGGUCUGGCAUAGGUUCAGAUACUGUGUUAUCCGGGAAGCCAAAACAUGUCUUCAACCUAU